AUCAUUUUUUUCUACAAAGUCAAACAAAAUUUUUCUUCAAAGGAAACAAACUCUCUCUGUUCAACAUAAACACGAGUUUUGAGUUUUGUUGACUGUCUGAAAGAUGAACACUCCUCUAAAACACAUUUCUGAAUGCUUCAUCAAACCACAUCCCCCAAUCGAAGACUCGAAUCAAAUAUGCUAUUUAGCACCUUGGGAUAUUUGCAUGUUAUCUGCCAACUAUAUCCAAAAAGGACUCCUCUUCAAAAAACCAACAUCAUCACUAGUUAAUCAACCAGAUUUCAUCGACAAUCUGUUGAUAAAACUCAAACACUCUCUUUCUCUCACACUUUUCCAUUUCUAUCCCCUCUCAGGACGUCUUGUUACUCACAAAACCCAAGAUCCUCCAUCUUACACUAUUUUUGUCGAUUGCAAAAACAGUCCCGGAGCUAAAUUUAUCUAUGCAACUUCAGAUAUCACCAUAGAUGAUAUCCUAUCUCCCAUUAACGUUCCACCCAUUGUUCAAUCGUUUUUUGAUCACCAUAAAGCAGUCAACCAUGAUGGUCACACCAUGUCUUUGUUGUCUAUUCAAGUCACUGAAUUAUUGGAUGGUGUUUUCAUAGGUUGUUCCAUGAACCACUCUCUUGGUGAUGGAACUGCUUAUUGGAAUUUCUUUAACACACUUUCUGAAAUAUUUCAAAAUGAUGCUAGUGUUCCUGUUCCCAUUUCACACCAACCCAUCCAUAAUAGGUGGUUUCCAGAAGGUUAUGGUCCAAUUAUCAACCUUCCUUUCAAACAUCACGACGAGUUUAUUCACAGGUCUGAAGCACCUAUUUUGAGAGAAAGAAUCUUCCAUUUCUCAGCCGAGUCUAUAGCUAAACUUAAAGCAAAGGCUAACAAAGAAUCCAAGACAACAAAAAUCUCUUCUUUCCAAUCAUUGUCAGCACUAGUUUGGAGAUCUAUAACUCGUGCACGUCAACUACAUCAUGAUCAGACAACAACUUGCAAAUUGUCAACUACAUCUAGAGUAGAAAGCUAUGUGAUCUAAGGGACCCGUCUGACAGUGAUCUUACGGCCGAAAUGGUAUAUCAUUUGGUGCAGUAUAGUCAAGAAGCAUUAUGAAGGGCUCAGUCGAUCGAUUCUCUUUGAGUGAGAAGAAUGCACAAUCACGUGGUUUAUCCCCAGUGUAUUCAUCAACAUAUGACCAGUUGGAGAUGCAUAGAAAGUGAUGGAGGAUCCAUGUUAGAAUAUAGUACACAUGAAUUAUUAAUAAUGACGUAGUGCAAAUGUCAUGAAAAUGGUAUAGUAAUAGUAUAGGAUGCAGAUAUAUUAUCUUAAACAACGUGUAACUAGAUAUUAUCUGUUUGGUCUUCCAAAGACAGCCUUCAACUAACUUCGAGUAUAGGUAAACUAAACAAGUGGCCCCUAUAUGUACUCAUGAAUCCUUUUGAAGCCAAUGAAAUAUAUAAGGCAAACCACAUCGGCGUAAUAGGCAUUCUUGUCCACAAAUAUGGACGUGUAAACCAAGUACAUGAGGUAUGACGUUAAUGCACUUGCUAUAUGAUGCAUAACUUGUGCAUCAUCACUAUCAGCCUCCACUGCCGUAACCAGGUGGUGUACAUAUAGGUUCUUCAGGAAUCCAAAUCUAGCUAGACACCCUAUGGUGUCUUUAAUCUCCUUUAGGGCAUCCUUUGGGAUAACUCCCAAAUAGUUCACCAUCAUAUCCAGUGCAUUAGAUUUGGUCAUCCUAGAAUGGUCUACUAAUGUUCCCUUGAUCAAAAGAUGUAGCAAGGACGACACAUCAUCUAGUGUGAUGAACAUCUCAUCAUGCAAAAGAUGAAAAAAAUGACGUCUCAGAGUGCCAUCUCUCAACGAACGUUGACAACAUACCAUGGUUA